GCUCUGCCUCCUCUUGAAUUGCUUUCAGAGCAAACACAGCUCUACCGAGAUGCUGGAGCCUGACGGGUGGGGGGCGCCCCAUUUCUGUCCUGGAGCCACCACCCCGGCCUCCCCUUCCCACUGGGCCCGCCCACCUCAAGGAGGGGCAUAGCCUGAGGGCUGGCCAGGCCCACUGUGCCUCCAUGCCUCACAAGGCAGCGCAGCUGAGGGAUCUGACAGCUCAGCCUGGAGGCCACGGAUGACAGCAGCCUGGGACCAUGAACGAUACUUGCCCGUCCCUCCCUGGGCUGUACGCGUUCAAGAUCUUCAUCAUCACCUACUCGGUCGUGCUGCUGGUGCUGGGCCUGCUGCUCAACGGCCUGGCGCUCUGGGUGUUCUGCCGCCGCAUGCCACAGUGGACAGAGACUCGCGUGUACAUGACCAACCUGGCCGUGUCUGACUUCUUCCUGCUCUGCUCCCUGCCCUUCAUGCUGCUCUCCCUGCAGGACACCAAGGACACGCUGCGGUGCCAACUCUCACAGGUCGUCUACAUGGCCAACAGAUACAUGAGCAUCAGCCUGGUCACAGCCAUCGCGGUGGACCGCUACGUGGCCGUGCGGCACCCGCUGCGCGCCCGCAGGCUCCGCUCCCCGGGGCAGGCGGCGGCCGUGUGCUUGGCGCUCUGGGUCCUGGUGAGCAGCUCCCUGCUGCUCCGCCUGCACCUGGGGCAGCAGGAGGGCGGCUUCUGCUUCCGGAGCUACGCACGGCACCACUUCAGCUCUACCACCUUCUCACUGCUCGGCUUCUACUUGCCGCUGGCCGUGCUGGUCUUCUGCUCUCUGCAGGUGCUGACGGUGCUGGCCCAGAGGCCAGCCUCCGAGAUGGGCCAGGCCGAGGCCACCCACAAGGCCGCCCGCAUGAUCUGGGCCAACCUGAUCGUGUUCGUUGUCUGCUUCCUGCCGCUGCACAUGGUCCUGACCGUGCAGGUCGCCGUGCGCCCGAGCUCCUGUGCGGCCCGCAGGAUGUUCAGCCUUGCCCUCUCCAUCACCAGCCAGCUGUCCAAUGCCAACUGCUGCCUGGAUGCCAUCUGCUACUACUACAUGGCCAAAGAGUUCAAGGAUGCGUCUGCACGGCCCACGGCCCACAGAAGCCAGGACUCCCAGAGCCUGACCCUCUCCUAGGAGUGCACUGCCUGUACCCCCUGACCUGUGACCAGGAAAAGGGGCCAAGAUCAGCCCACAACUCGCUGUAAGCCAGGACCCUCUCCAAAGGCCCAGGUGGGCAGGGGCUGCCCGGGUAUGGAGCCUGGGGAUGCUGCACCUGCUCCCCUGGGAAGGGAUAGGGAUGAGGGCCAAAGGACCCCAGCCAGGCACACAGCUGCUACUGCAGGAACUGACUUCCUGGGCUCUGCGGCGGAGCCCUGACAACCAGCCUCCUGCUAUGGUCCCUGGGGCAGUGACGGAGACCACUACAAAGUGGCUCUGAACAGGGUUUAAAAUGAAUCAACUGGCUUUCAGUGUUUACUUCUGAGUCUGUCCUAGGCCUAAGGCCCUUGUCUAGAGAUGGGCAGCGGACCCAUAAUGAGUGAACCUCUAUAAGUCACUGGUCCCUGCUGAGGUCUGUUGUGGCCUGUGAGGCCAUGACACCUCAAAGGACAAGAAAAGGCCACACAGCUGGAGAUGCCUGGCUCCAACCCCAAUGAACUAAAGAGAAACUGUAACUGCAGGUGUCUCACUCCUGCAGUGAAUGUCAACUUGGAGAUAAGACAGUCUCCUAAUUAGCAUAAUUUACUACUUGGGGAAGUCCUUGAACUGACUCCCAAAGUCCUGCUCAAUUCCCGUGCUUUGAUUUCCUCAGUAUCCCUCUCCUUUAUUUGAAAACCAAAUAAAUAUGGGGGACUCAA